CGGCGCACGCCUCCUCGCCAGCCGCUACACUGCUACACCACCGCACCCCGCAUGAGAUGAGAGCCGCAGCCACAUCCACUGCCGCCGCGCUCCUCGCCCCGCGCCUGACGUGCUCCGCCAUCCGCGCUCGCCUCUCCUCCUCCCGCCUCCCACUCCGCCGCAUCGCCGCCAUGGCCGCCGCCCCCUCCUCCUUCCGUCCGGAGGAGGCGCGCUCCCCUCCCGCCCUCGAGCUCCCGAUCCCGCCUCUCUCCAAGUUCAAGGUGGCGAUGUGCCAGCUCUCGGUGACGCCGGACAAGGCUCGCAACAUCGCGCACGCGCGUGCGGCCAUCGAGGCGGCGGCCGCCGACGGCGCCAAGCUCGUGCUCCUCCCCGAGAUAUGGAACGGUCCGUACUCAAAUGACAGCUUUCCAGAGUACGCUGAGGACAUUGAAGCUGGUGGAGAUGCAGCCCCUUCGUUUUCAAUGAUGUCGGAGGUUGCUCGCAGCUUGCAAAUUACUCUUGUUGGUGGGUCCAUAGCUGAACGUUCUGGUAACAACUUGUACAAUACAUGCUGCGUCUUUGGUUCAGAUGGCAAGCUUAAGGGUAAACAUAGAAAGAUCCAUCUUUUCGACAUUGAUAUUCCAGGGAAGAUUACUUUCAAGGAAUCAAAGACUCUUACUGCUGGGCAGAGUCCUACUGUUGUAGAUACAGAUGUCGGCCGAAUUGGUAUUGGUAUAUGCUAUGACAUCCGUUUCCAGGAAUUAGCAAUGCUGUAUGCUGCAAGAGGUGCUCAUUUGUUGUGCUAUCCUGGUGCAUUCAACAUGACCACUGGACCAUUGCACUGGGAGCUGCUGCAAAGGGCGAGGGCUGCAGACAACCAGCUGUUUGUUGCAACAUGUGGUCCGGCUCGAGAUGCCAGUGCAGGUUAUGUUGCUUGGGGGCACUCCACUCUUGUUGGGCCUUUCGGAGAGGUGAUUGUGACUACUGAGCAUGAGGAGACAACUAUAAUAGCAGAGAUUGAUUAUUCAUUGAUUGAGCAGAGGAGGCAAUUUCUUCCUCUGCAAUACCAACGGCGUGGCGAUCUCUACCAGCUGGUAGAUGUCCAGAGACUGGGUUCUCAGUAGCGAGCCUGGAUGCAGCUGUGAGCCUGUGAAGAAGCAGGAGAGUCGUUGACUCUGUAGGCUUGCUCGUACUACUUCGUUCAUGAGAUGCACAUGCAUGCCCUUGUCUUUAGAGUAAUACUCCUAAAGAAAUUAUGAUGUGGGAAGAUGGAGAAGAUGAAUAAAGCCACUCAUAAUUUGUAGUACCUUCAGCGCCCCGUGUUGCCAAAGAUAAUUAGUCCUGUGUAUUAAGACGAUGUCUUGCCUUCAUGAAACAAAGAUAAAUGGAAAGAUGUUGCUCUGAUUUGUUUCUUGGCUCCA